AUGAUGAGCAGGAAUCCACACAGGAUGUGCAGCCAUGGCUACCCUAUGGCCGUGGGCCUCAAAUUCACUAAAAACGUGAGCAAGCCGAGGCACAGCCGCCGCCGCGGGUGCCUGACCAAGCACACCAAGUUUCUGCGGGACAUGGUCCGGGAGGUGUGUGGCUUUGCGCCCUAUGAGCAACGUGCCAUGGAGCUGCUCCAGGUUUCCAAGGACAAGUGGGCCCUCAAGUUCAUCAAGAAAAGAGUGGGGACACACAUCCGCGCCAAGAGGAAGCGAAAAAAACUCAGCAACAUCCUGGCUGCCAUGAGGAAGGCGGCUGCCAAGAAGGACUGA